UCUCUCUUGUCGGCUCACCCCGUUAGAGGCUCCGGGGUGCUGGAUCGGGGCUGAGGUGACGGGACCGAGGAGGCGCGAGAGGAGGCGCUGUCCCCGCUGCACAGGGCGGGUCUGAGGCUCGGCGACGCCGCCCGGGGGGCCCGCGCCAGGGCCGGGACAGGACCGCCGUGCCCGGGUCCCCUCCUCUCCCGCCGCUCCCGGCCCCGCUUCGCCCCCGGAGUCCGAUGGCGGCGGCCGCGCGGAGGGAGCCGGCUCAAAAGCCAUUUUACUUCUACUUGGAAGGUGCCCACGGUGUGCAUCAUUCACCCACCACAUCAUGUUCAAGGAAGUAAAACUUGAUGUUCUCCCAUUUGCAGAAGGAUACAAGCAGUGAGUCCCAUACAUUCUCAGCAGUAGACUUUCUUCCGGAGCCACAUGCACCCUCCUGAUCCUGGCAACUCCGCAGGAAUCUGAGUACGGCCCCUUUCAGAACGAAGGACGCCGCUCCACCGCCCUUGGAGCCAGGACACCAUUUCCCAGCGCCCCUUCCGGUGCUGCUCCGCCUUUGUUCCGGGAGGUUCCACGAUGGGGCUCCUUUCACCGAGGCCUUUGGAGCUGUGAGAACUGCAUUGCCCAGAGGACCCUGCGCCGAGCGACGUCAGCGUUGAGCCAAUGAAGGUUCAGGAGAGGGGCGUUUCCGUGUGUGCCGUCACAACGGGGUGGGACUUCCGGCGUCCUCCUCGUGGCGGUCGUUUUGGCCGCUCUCGGCAGUGUUUGCUGGUCCGAGGCUCCGGGGCGUGGGCUCUGGAUCGAGGUGACGGGAAGGAGGAGGCGCGAAAGGAGUCGUCGUCCCCGCCGCGCAGAGGCGGCCCUCAAGCGCCGGGUUGCAGUGACUCUGCUUCCUGGUCCCGGCCCGGCGGUGCCCGUGUCUGCUCCACGCGACCCGACCCCGGAGUCCGAUGGCGGCGGCCGCGCGGAGGGAGCCGGCUCAGUGUGACCUUUGAAGACGUGGUUGUAUACUUCUCCUGGGAGGAGUGGGGUCUCCUUGAUGAAGCUCAGAGAUGCCUCUACCAUGAUGUGAUGCUGGAGAACUUUGCCCUUGUGACCUCAUUGGGUUGUUGGUAUGGAAUGGAGGAUCAGGAGGCCCUUUCUGUGCAGAGUGUUUCUGUAGAACGAAUGUCGCUGGACAAGACUCCAAAUCCAGGUCCAUCCAUUCAGAAGCACCCUUGUGAGAAGUGUGUCCUUGUUGGGAGAGACAUUUUGUACCUGGCUGAGUACGAAGGAUCACAUCUUGGGCAGAAAUCAUACACCUGUGAGGCAUGUGGAAAGCAAUUCUGGUUUAGUCCAAACCACCACCAGCACCAAAAGCACACUGAAGAGAAGCCGUUCGGAAGGGACAUGGACAAGGCCUCGUUUGUGACGAGCUGCAAAAUCCAUGUGUCGGGGAAGCCCUUUACUUGUGGGGAAGUUGGGAAGGACUUCCUGGCCAUGUUGAGUCUUCUCCAGCAUCAGGCCACUCUCAAAGAGGCAAAGCCACACAGCAGUUUGAAGUGUGGAGAGGCCUUUCAUAGUGAAAAAAGUCUUUACAAGUGCCGUGAAGAUGGGAAAUCAAUCAGCUAUGAAUAUAAACUUUUUCAACAUCAGCAAAUUCACACUAGAGAAAGUUAUUAUGACUAUGACAACUGUGACAAGCCCUUCAACCAAAGCUCCAUCCUUAGUAAUUGCCAGAGAGUUCACACAGGAGCAAAGUCUCACCAGUGCACCGAAUGUGGGAAAUCCUUUAGCCAAAGCUACAGCCUCAUUCAACACUACAGAAUUCACACUGGAGCAAGACCUUAUAAAUGCAGCGAAUGCGGAAAAGCCUUCAGCUACAAAUUCAGACUUGUUCAGCACUUGCAGAUUCACAAUAGAGUGAAGCCUUAUGAAUGUGGCGAAUGUAGGAAAUGCUUUAGCUACAGCUCUACUCUCAUUAAACAUCAGAGAGUGCACACUGGAGCCAGGCCUUAUAAGUGUGGUGAGUGUGGGAAUUCUUUUAGCCAAAGCUCCAACCUCAUUCAACACCAGAAAAUUCACAGUGGAGCAAGGCCUUAUAAAUGCAGUGAAUGUGGAAAAGCCUUCAGCUACAAAUGCAAACUUGUUCAGCACCUGCGAAUUCACACUGGAGAGAGGCCUUAUGAGUGUGGUGACUGUGGGAAAUCCUUUAGCCACAGGUCCACUCUCAAUCAACACCGGAGAAUUCACACUGGAGCCAGACCUUAUAAGUGUGAUGAGUGUGAGAAAUCCUUUAGCCAAAAGUCCAACCUCAUUCAGCACUGGAGAGUUCACACAGGAGAAAGGCCUUACGAGUGUGGGGAAUGUGGGAAAUCCUUUAGCCAAAGCUCCCACAUCAUUCAGCACAGAAAACUUCAUACCAGAUAACCUCAUAAACGCAACAACUGUGGGAAAACCUUUAGCCAAUGUCCUCCUGCAAUUCAACAUGAAAACUUCACAAUCCAACUAUACUUCCUUUUGUGCAGCAAACUCAGGAAACCCUUUCUCUAAAGGUCUAGAUCUUGUUUUGCCGCAGGAAGUUCACAUAGGAGAAGGGCCUUUGACCUGCAGGGAACAUGAUAUUUCUUUGUUCAGUGUAACAGAACUAGAGAGUCUUUGUGAGGAGCCGCCUGCCUGAAGUCAAACCCCAUACAUCUGAGCAUCCACAUUGGGGGGAUUCCCCAUGAGUUCUAGUUUGUGGGGAGCUUGUAGGAGCCUUGUUGCAUAUUCUAUCCUGCCGGGUCCCUGCCAGUUUCUGUGGUAGAAGCCAUCUCCCCUCUACCACCUGGAAGUCCACACAGUGUGUAUCACCCUCCCCAGUGUGCUCAGGGAAGGCAAAUGUCUCUGUUUUCUCUCCCAUUCCUUGGAGAAUGUAAUGAAAGUUCUGUGGGACCUCAUUCUCUCCUCUCUGACUAAUUAGGGCAUGAUCCUGACCCAGUUUUGGCCAAGAUCAGUCUGGGUAAUGCCAGCGGCUUACAGCUUAAAAAGAGUCCAGUUCUGGUCUAACUUGCACUGCUGCCAAAGGCCUCCUAGGAAGGACUACAGGGCUUUGUAUUCCUAGUUUAUGGCAUGGAUGCCAGGAUUUUUGUGGGCCCAGAGGUCACCUGGAGGAGGGUAUAGUUGUCAUGACAACUUUUAGUGUUUCCAUGAGAAGUUGAAAUUGGUUCCCUUUUCCCAGGGAUGUCACAUACUGUCAAGCGCUAUUGGGGGAGCUGUACCCCAGGUACUGCAAAUCGUGUGCCUUCAUGUCUAAAGUUUGGAUUUUCUUACAUCACUGGUUGUAAGACUACAGGGGCCAGGCUGAAACCAGUUUGUACAGAAACACUGGAUGUGAUUAAUUAACAUGCACUGGAGGAGACCGCAGAGAAAGGUGCGUCCACAAGAUGUCCCAGUGACUAUGGCUACAUGGGAUGAGUGUAUAGUACACUCUAUACCUGUGUCCUUCCUGUAGUUGAGGCCAUUGUCAGAGCAAACAAAGCUUUGUUUUUUCUUCUAGCCUCGGGACCCUUGACCUCAAGGAUAGUGCUGCAUAGGCAAGAAAAUGAGAGUAGACGGAAGGGAGCUCUUGUAGCCCAGGGAUGUGGUUUUUGUGACCCAGCAGCUAUUCCUGCUGACCCAGAUAGAAAAGAUCUUUGCUAAUAUUUUCUGCCACUGAUGCAGGGCUGCCCUUCUCAAGGCAUGAAGAGAGCAAUUGAGUUGAUGUAGGGUUUCUAAACCUCUGGUUAGGAGAAAAGAUAUCUACACUUAUAUUUAAACAGUUUUUACAAAGCUUUAUUGAGGUGGAAUUGAUGUCCUAUAAGAUGCACAUAUUUAAACUGUACAAUAUGGUUUUGACAUGUACACUCAUGAGGCCAUCAAAAUCAUGAUAAUGGACAUAUCUGCACCUCUCAGAAUUACCUGUGCCCUUUUUUAAUCUGUUCCUCUGCCUUCAUGGCAACUAUUGAUUUACUUUCUUUGACAGAAAAUUUGUAUUUUAUAGAAUUUUAUAUGAUUGAAAUCAUAAAAUGCUUUUUUUUUAAAUUGUGAUUUCCCUCAUGCUGCAUAAUUAUUUUGAGAUUCAUAAAUGUUGCUUAUGUAAAUAAUUUGUUAUUGUUGGGUACUAUUUUCCUGUAUGGAUGUAACAUGAUUUGUUUACCCAUUUCUCUGUUAAUGGACAACGGCUUGUUUGCAGUUUUGGGCUAUAAUAAAGCUUCAUUUGUCUGCACAAA